AUGGACGAACGUUUUUGGAGCUUGACAAUCAAAAUAAAAGAAAGUUGGCGAUCAACAAAUGCAAAGAUGGAAAUUGAGCUUCGCGUCAAAAAUAACAUUGGAGAAGAGAUAAAAGACAUUAGAUAUAGAUGCGUUUUUAAUUCAAAUGUAAAGAAAGGGAAGAAAUACCAAUAUUCUCAACAAAAUGUGAAUCAUUUCAUAUGUAAUUCUAUAUUUAAUGAAGCAUUGAGUUAUACUUUCUUUGUUCCCCGAAACUUAUGCCGUUCAAGUGUUGAGCAGUUUCGUAGAAACUGUCGGGAUCUGAGAUUCAUCGUGUCGCAUGGGGGGAACUUUGUUCACGUGGAUGACGAAUGGAAGUGGAGAGGGAACAAAACGACUUCCAUUUUAGUGCCGAGAAACAUUACCGUAACAGAACUUGUAUUUAGAUUGAAGGAAAAACUUGGUAUUGUUGAACCCCGCAAUGAAAUUGAGUUGAAGUUCAAAGUCCCGAAUUUGAAUAUACCUCCGGCAGAGAUACAAGAUGAUGAGGACCUAACGGAAUCAUCCGUUGAGCACUUAGAGAACCUGUUACAUGGUACGAAUGAUGCUAUUAUUGCUGAAAUUGACCAGCCAGUGUCAUCACAUUCCAUGAGUUUAGGCACAGAUGAGUGGAUGACAGCCGUCGUUCUCGUCGAAAAGUCAAGCAUGAAAAUGUUAACCGUUGUAUGUGUGGAUGAUAAUUGCAAGUGGAUGCUACGUGCUUCUACUGUCAAGCAAUCUGCAAUCUUCAUGAUCCGCAAACUGGAUACUCCAGGUCGAUUGUAUGACCCUAUCGCUAUUGCACGUGAUAUGGAACGUGAGUUCGGUGUGAAAAUCAGUUACAACAAAGCUCGUAGGGGAAAGCUUCAUGCCUUAAGUAUGCUACACGGAGAGAGUAACCCGGGGACAGUAACCCACAUAGAACUCGAUUCUCAAAAUAGAUUUCAUUACUUCUUCCUAACUUUCGGUGUAAGCAUUCGUGGUUACACGCAGUACUUGAGACCCGUUAUUUGUGUUGAUGGCAGUCAUCUGAAGGGUCCAUACAAAGGGACACUUCUACUGGCAACUGCCCAAGAUGGUAACAAACAUAUAUAUCCGUUAGCAUGGGGGAUCGUGGAUGCUGAAACCAAUAAAUCCUGGAAGUGGUUUAUGUCCAACUUGAAAGAGCUUAUAGGGGACUCUGAAGACCUACGGUACAGCAAUGCAAGUGCAAUACUUCUAUUCAAACGAGCUGCUACGACAUAUCGGGUUGAGGACUUUGAAAGACUCAUGGGACAGAUCUGCAGGGUGAGCACAAGAGCGUACGGGUACUUAGAGCGUGCGGGUUAUUCAUUUUGGUCCCGAGCACUAUUUAUUGGCCACCGUUACAACAUCAUGACGAACAACAACGCUGAGUCUCUGAACUCCAUGUUGAGAGAAGCCCGUUCUUUAUCGAUAGCUUGCUUGGUCGAACACAUUCGGAGUACUUUGCAGAAGUGGUUUUAUGAACGUCAGAAAAAUGCGGCCGAAUGCAGUACAGUAUUGACACUGAGGAUGGAAAACGAGUUACGGAUGACAUUUGAAACUGGAACUAGGCUUCGAGCCCAGUUGUUGACAAAUAACUUAACUCAGGUCGGAAUAUCCAACGACGUGGACAUAGUUGACUUUUCUGAAGACACCUGCACGUGUCGUGAGUUCCAACUAAACCGUAUGCCAUGUGGUCAUGCAAGUCGUGCUACUUGCUUCAAAGGGAAGUCAUUGUAUGACCUUUGCUCCCCUUAUUACACAUCUGAAUACUGGAGGGGUGCAUAUAGCGAAGCUAUAUAUCCUAUUGGACGUGAAGCGGACUGGGUUGUUCCCAGUUUAAUUACAUUUACUCCUAUUUUGCCACCACUCGUACGUCGCCCUCCAGGUAGACCACCGACCCGACAUAAGCGUUCAAGACACGAGUCUGCAUGGUCGAGCAGGAAAUGCACUCGUAGUGGUCGUCUUGGUCAUAAUCGGAGCACAUGUUCGAACUCCAAUGUAUCACAAGUUCCUUAA